CUUCGUGGUUAUGACAGAGUGCUGCGGGGAACGCGACCAGCCCGCGCCACCACCCUCAGAUAGCGUCAAGGACGUGUCUGGCAUACGGAUCGCACUUUGCGGCGCACAGGCAACGGUCCACGGCGGUCGGCCAAUAAACAACUAUGGUCCGCCCCCUGCUCCGUUCCAUCCUGCAUUCGCCAUGUUUGACCACCAUUGACGUCACCUGGAUGGCGA